GAUAUAGGUCAUGAUUGUGGGAGAUAAGCUUUGAUUGAGCUCCGGGUUCCCACUCGGCUAUGACUGUCGUGAUGAAGACAUAACUAUAUAUCCUAAGCAUUUUCGUUCUCUUUUUCAUGUUGCCUUUAGCUUCUUGUAUGCUUCUUGUGUAUAGGCAAUGAGAAGACUCAAUUCCAUUGAUAAAAGUUGAAGAGCCAUCUGAAGGCAUUCGUAAUGGCCCCGAAUAUCACGGAAUUCAUCUCGGAUGGAUUUGAGGCUCUCAAACUAGUGGCUCGACUAUCAUGGAGACGCAAUGUGAAAGCUUGGAUUCAAGUCCCCUUUGGCAUUGUUUUGAUUCUCCUAGCAUGCUUCGGUGUCAAUGCUCUCAUAGGACUUAGUUCAGUCUCGUUUCCUGCAUCUGUGGCAUGCUUGAUUUUGCUAUUUCUUAUUUUGAAUCUUAUUGAUUUGGUCAUUGGUCACCAAAGAACGAGAGCUUUGGUCUCAAUUAUUGAUAUUCCAGCUGGUUGGGCUCUUCGAUAUAUCAAUCUUUUUUUCACGCCUUCGUGAGUCAUUAUCUUUACAUAAACGAAAUCAAACAUUAAAGGUUGAUAGUUUCGUUCUAUUGCCCUUGAGUGAUAGUAUCACUGCUACAGAAGUAGGGAAAAUCAUAGGAGUAUUCCUCGUUGGGUUCUUGGUUAUGUUCGCCGUCACAGCCUGGUUAGUUCGCGGUCUGCAAAUUCUAGUAGGUUCGACCAAGCGUGCUAUCACUGAAAGGGCUGAGGAGAUGGGCGCCGAAAAUGAUGCUAUUCCUCUCGCAGUAUCGAGUAAUACCAACUUCACAUCGACCGAUACGGUUAGUCCUAUACAAGAACAAGAGCUGGCUGUGAUUAGAGAUGCUAGAGAUCCACGAGAGUCUCCGGAAACAGAAAGCCCACCGCCAGAAACUAUUGCUAGUACCAUCCCGGUCCAACAAGAGCCAUUACCACUCACACGAGCUCAGAUAUGGGCGGCAUUCAUUAACAGGAACUUGGAUUUACUCACAUAUAGCGCUAUUUUCCUCUUCAUCGGAAUCCCAGUUUAUUAUGCUACCGGUUAUGCAAUGCCAGUACAACUUACUUUUAACGUACUAGCCUACUUUGCAGCACAAUCCCUUCCAGUUCGAUGGAAGCAAUUUUUACACCCUGUUUUGUUAUCAUCUGGCAUCACUAUCCUUGGUAUAUGGAUCUUGGGACUCAUUAGAGGCAACAAUUUAGAUGAAAUUUUAGGAGCUUACAAAACCAACACCAAAUAUAUCGCCUAUUGGGAUGGAGAAAGUAACCUCCCUCUCCCCGGUGCUGGUGACAUCUUUAAUAGCGUCCUCGACGCCUCCAUCGUCUCCCUCGCUCUCCCCAUGUUUCAAUACCGCCACGAAUUGAAAUCACACUUCAUUCCCAUCACAAUCCCUAGUGUUGUCCUUGCUAUCGCUUCACUAUUCGGUUAUCCACCUCUCUGUCACUCUAUCGGCAUAUCUCCUCCAAUCUCUCUUUCAUUCUCCGUGCGUUCUCUAACUCUCGCCCUCGCUACCCCUGCCGCUACCAACCUUGGCGGAAACAUCAAUGCAGCCGCUGCCCUUGCUAUCAUGUCCGGUAUUCUCGGUGUUCUCAUCGGUCAACGUCUUCUUACUUUCCUCAAAAUCCGCCCUGAUGAUUACAUAACCAUCGGAGUCGCCAUGGGUGGCAAUGCCAGCGCCAUUGCUACUGCAUUGUUAUUAGUCAGUGAUCCGAGGGCUGCAGCGUUAAGUAGUCUGAGUAUGAGUCUUUUUGGAAUUGUAACUUUGGCGUUGACGUCUGUGCCGCCGGUAGUAGAGAUUAUCAGGGGGUUGGUCGGGUUGUAGGAAUCUUGAAUCAAGAUGAAGGGAAAGAUACAUAGUUGUUGAUAUCAUUGUAGUCAGAAAAGAAAGAUGAAGUACGGCUCAGACAUGAGGAAGAAAUAAUUCUGGGAUAAUAUCAUUAUGAGAUAGACUGAGUAUGAACAAAUACACUUAAUACCAUUCCCUCCGAAUCUCCUCCGAGCCUUCUUUUCUGCGCUUUAGUUCACUUAACACUACAUUCCCUUCACUCUUCUGCCUCUUCCUCCAAUAAACUCUGCCAAGCAAGAUCAAAUACAUUCCAUUAAAGAUUCAGUUUGAAAUAUCCAAUCCUCA